GUGGCAAGAUCGUGCAUGAGUACGACUGGACAGGUGGCGAACAGUCAUUGCCUGUUAUCAAAGGGCCAUGGACCGGAACUACCGAGUUUGAGCUUGUUGAUGGUUGGGCAUGGCGUUCCAGAAAUCUGGAGUGCUUUGAAGUCAAGGCCAAGAAAGGACGAAAGGAGUUGACAGAGGCCGAUAUCAGCUCUGAUCGUCAAUCCGGUCUUAAUGCUGCGAAGGCCAAGGAAUGGAACAAGCUUGUGAGCAGUGGCGCAAUCGUUGUGCAUGAAGGCAGUGAAGCGCGGCGGUUGAAGGAGUCGGUCCCAAGAAAAAGGAUCCUCAAGUCACGGUUUGUUCUUACUGAAGCAGAUCAGGGGACAAGUCCCCAGACUCAAGACAUUAAGGCCCGAUGGUGCAUUCGUGGAUACCUGGACCCUGACCUCCUUGAACUUGACACGAGCUCACCAACAUUAAGCAUGGAGGGUUUCUCGAUUGCAUUGCAACUGAUGGCUUCGCAUGGUUGGUCAGUGAACAUUGCAGAUGUUGAAGGGGCCUUUCUACGUGGUGACACCCUGAGUCCCACUCGUGGACGGCUCUUCAUCGAUCCGCCUCCAGGAGGAGUACCAGGCCUGUCCGAAGGUUGCUUGAUAGAAGCUGUGAAAACUGUGUACGGCCUGGCAGACGCGCCAAAGGCAUGGUGGGAGUGCUUUUCAUCCAAGCUGGCCAAUCUAGGAAUGAGGGUGUCAAAGUUUGAUCCGUGCAUGUUUUACUACUACCAUGGAGGGUGUCUGAGUGGAGUGGUAGCUGUCCAUGUGGACGACUUGUGUCUGGGCGGUGACAAGUACUUUCAUGACAAUGUUGUGAAGCCCCUCAAGGAAUUGUUCCCCUUCAAGCACUGGAAAGUGGGCAGCGGUGAGUUUCUAGGGAAGCAAUUGCAACAACAAGCGGAUGGAAGCAUCAAGAUCAGCCAGUGUUCGUACGCACAACAGCAGCAAGGGUUGAACAUUUCACGUGAGAGAAAACGAGACAAACACGAGCCCAUCACGGAAGAUGAGAGGCAACAGAUGAGAGGAGUGCUAGGUAGCAUCAACUGGCUUGUGACUGGAAGCAGACCAGACUUGGGAGCAUGGUGCUCUCUGCUCCAACAGCGAGUGAACACUGCUACAGUUGCGGACUUGAUUGAUGUGAACAAGUUGGUUAGCCUCACACAUGACAAUUGCAGUGCUUGCGUGUGGGUCAAGAGCAUUCCUGUGUCAGAGCUACAAUUCGUCAUGUUAUCCGACGCUGCGUGGGCUAAUGCUCAAGGGCUGUGUAGUCAAGCUGGCUAUAUGAUUGCAGCAUGUGACAAGAGGUUGUCCCAAGGAGAAUGGGGCACUUUCAGUGUGCUACGCUGGAAAAGCUAUAAGCAGGCGGUGAACUACCAGUACGAUCUUCGAAGAGAUGGAGACUGGAGCAACAAGCUGCCAAUCACUGCAGUCAUUGAUUGUAAACCUGUGUACGACCACACGCAGAGUGCAACA